CAUAAAAUAUAUGAAGUAAUAGUCGACGUAUUAAAAGGAGCCAUUGACAUCUUCUCCUUUCGUAUGACGAGAAGAGCUUACCCAGGGAUGUCUACUUUGGAUUUACACUCAAUGGCUUCCUGAGAUGCUAAGUGGGGAAAUUAAGUGCUUCUCACAAAGUAAUAGACAAACACAAUUGCACGAAUAUGGCUUAAUACUCUCCACGAAUUACUUUAAACGGCAUUGAUAUACGACGACUUUUUGCUCAAACUGUCAGGCUGCUACAGCUGUCCUUUCAUUAGCCGCUGUGACAUCACCAACGUCUUAAAAGUCAGUCAAAAAAAGUGUUAUAAGCCACCGGUGGGGAGCUUAAUUGGGUCACAAUUCGAUCAAUUACAUUGGCAAGUGUAAAUAACGUCUUUGUAAAUGUGUCAACUUUUGCCGGGUGGUGGAGGAGGGUUAAUAACAAGAAGUGUGGCAUCAAACUACGCACGUGGCCUUAACAACAACAAAACACGUAGAUAUUUGUAUUGGCUACAAAAACAUUACGAUUUAAGUUACAUUGAGGAGCUUAGUGAUCUAUUCUCUCUCUGACCGUGCCUCCUGCCUACCAUAGCCACGCCCUCGCGUGGGUCCGACCACCAACCCAGAGCCCCGCCCCCAGGUCUCAAGACGAGUGACGUCACAGACCAAGACUCAAAAGGGGAACGAUGCUCCGAUUCGCAACACAUUGACUCGAUUAAAAUCGAUUCCACAAGUCGUAGCAUCGUAUGUUCCAUAAAAGAUCGAUUGUUUCCCCAUACGUGUAAGUUAACACGAGAAGAUUACACCACUUUUAACUUGCGCAGCCCGUAGUUUCUGCAUGCCCCCGGUGACUUUAGACGAGGGCACACGCAAAGACAUCGAAUCGUGAAUGGUGAUCCUCGAUUCCUUCAUUUGGCUAUUAAAGAGGACGCGCAUGAACUUCCCCGUUGAGACGCUGGUGCCAAUGGCAAUGUGAGCCGGUCUCCUGAAACGACGGUGUGUGGUCUACAGCGAGAGAGAGUGUUUGAGUGUGUGUAAGAGCUAUUGAGAGUGUGGACUAGAGUGUGUCUGUGUGGGUCAGCGUGAAGUUCUGCCAGACACGUGACAAGUCCGUGGCAAGUGACACGGUCAUCGCUGUUGACCGGGGGAUUAAAACAAAAGUCAAACACAGCAGGGCACGGGAGUCUACAGGUGUGCAUAAGAACUGGCUGGAAAGGGCAGCGUGGAGGCGCGGGGCGGCCGCGAGGGGCCGGAACGGGCCAGCCGGAGCCCGGCUCUGCCCGGGAUGUGCGAGGCUGCCGAGUGCAACAUCCGAGUGGUAUGCCGAGUCCGGCCACUCAACGAGGCGGAGCAGAGCCGCGGGGACCGAGCGGGCCUGCGGUACCAGGGACACGACACGGUGCUGCUCGGGGGCAAGGCCUUCGCGUUUGACCGCGUGUUUCCGCCCGAGGCGGGACAGGCACAGGUGUACGCAGAGUGCGCACGGCAGAUCGUGAAAGACGUGCUGCAGGGCUACAAUGGAACAAUCUUCGCGUACGGACAGACAUCAUCGGGAAAAACCCACACAAUGGAGGGUGCGCAGCAGCAGCAACAACAGCAGCAACAACAACAGCAGCAACACGAGGAGGAGGCGACUGCGGCCGGAAUCAUUCCCCGCAUCGUGGACGAUGUCUUCUCACACAUCGACGCCAUGGACCACAACCUGGAAUUCCACCUCAAGGUGUCGUACUUUGAAAUCUACAUGGAGAAAGUCCGAGAUCUCAUUGACGUGACCAAGGGGAACCUGUCUGUGCACGAAGACAAGCAUGGGGCGCCGUAUGUCAAGGGCUGCACGGAGCUGUUUGUUUCGAGCCCGGAGGAGGUUCUGGAAAUCAUUCACAAGGGCAAAGCUAACCGCCACGUGGCCGUGACAAACAUGAAUGAGCACAGCUCACGCAGCCACAGCAUCCUGCUGCUGCACGUGAAGCAACAGCACGUGGAGACGAUGCAUAUCCUGAGCGGGAAGCUUUACCUCGUCGACCUGGCCGGCAGCGAGAAGGUGUCUAAAACCUUGGCAGAGGGAGCGGUUUUGGAUGAGGCUAAGAACAUCAACCGCUCUCUGUCCGCGCUGGGCAACGUCAUCUCAUCACUGGCGGAGGGGAAUAAGUCUCACAUCCCAUACCGCGACAGCAAGAUGACGCGAAUACUCAAGGACUCGCUGGGAGGUAACUGUCGGACCAUCAUUGUCAUCUGCUGCUCGCCUUCCUCAUACAAUGAAGCCGAGACCAAGUCCACACUCUUCUUCGGACAGAGGGCUAAGACAAUCAAGAACACGGCGUGCGUGAACGUGGAGUUGACCAGCGAGGAGUGGCGGAAGCGCUUUGAGAAGGAGCGGCGGCGGAGGAAGUCUCUGUGGGCACACCUACAGAGGGCUGAGGCUGAGCUGGAACGCUGGAGGGCAGGUCAGACGGUGGCGGAGUGCGACUGGUGUCACGUGAGGGGUGAGGCGGGGGGCCUGGGCACCUCAACCUCCGAAUCCGGGGUCGUGACCCCCGGUGACAGCGGUCUGACCGAGGCCUUGAGGCAGGUGUACGAGGAGCAGAUCCGCAAGCUCUACCAGAACCUAGACAAUAAGGAGGAGGAGUACAAUCAACAGGCCCAGCUGGUGGAGCGCCUCAACAAGCAGAUGCUGGAUCAGGACGAGCUGCUGGCGUGCUCGCGCCGCGAAGCGGAGCGGCAGCAGGCCGAGCUGUCGCGCCUGCAGGCCGACGGGCGAGAGUCGCGGGACGAGAUGGCCCAAGUGCUGCGCUCCAUGGACGAGCUCGCGGCUGCGUACGACGCAAAGAGCGCCGAGCUGGAUCAACGCGGCCGCGAGAGCCAGACGCUCCACGCAGAGCUCCAGCGCAAAACCGAGUCCCUGGCGCUGGCGGAGGGAGAGAUCUUGAGCCAGCAGGAGCUCGUGUCUCAGGAGCGUCGCCGCAUGGCCGACUCCACCCUGGAGCUCCUGCGUGAGCUCAGCGAGAUCACGAGCUCCGCGGGGGGCAAGGAGAGCCCGUGGGUGAGUACGGUGGGAUUCGGGGGUGAGGAGGAGCUGUGUCUGGCUCAUCUGGGAGCGACCCGCGUGAAGUCCGAGGUGAAGGCGCUGGCUCAGCGCUGCCUGCAGCUCGGGGAGGAUCAGCGCGAGCGCAAGCGGCACCAGGCCGAGACUGAGCGCGAGCUCAGCACGUGCCGCCUGCUCAUGGCGCAGCUGGAGGCGAGCGUGGGUUCGUUGACGGAGGCGGCGCGCGUCGAGGAGCUGAAGAAGCGCAGACUCGAGGAGACGUGCGAACAGCUGCAGCAGGAGCUCGUGCGGCUGCGCACGCAAGAAAAAAUGCACGAGAUGUCCUUCAAGGACAAAGAGAAGAAGCACUUGAGCAUGAUAGAGAAGGCCAACGAGAUGAAGGUGUCCGUGGUGGAAGAGCUGCGAGCUCUGGCUGAGCGACACCAGGAGCAGCUGGGACGACUCCGGCAGGAGAACGAGGAGAGGCAGCGGCUGUGUGAGCAGCUCAAGGGUGUGAACGGGCGUCUGGAGCUCGAGCUGGAACAGAUCCGAGGGGACUGCGAGCGACUCCGAGCUGCCGAGCUCGACAAAAGCAACCAGCUUCACGAGAUCAACGAGAAGCAGCAGAGGCUGGACCUGGCGAGACACGACCUGCGGGAGCUCGAGAGGACCGUGAUCAAGGAGCUGCAGUCGCUGUACAACUUACGCCGUGCCCUCACACAUGAACUCGCCAUGCGCAUCCGCAAGAGGACUGUGGAGUCGUGUGGAGCCUCCGGCAAGCGAGAUCAGCGGGGCGUUGUGAUCCGGGGCUCCGCAGAGGCGGAGCCCCCCACCUCCUGCGAUGACACCUUCCAAAUUGAGAACGUGAAUAGGCUCCACAAGCAGAUGCUAGAGACCAACAUCGACCUGCGGAAGGAGGUACCGCGGCUGCGUUCGCGCGCCAGCACCGUGCAGCGUCGCGUCUCCGCGCUGAAGGUGGCGCUGCAGGAGGCCCGGGCGGCUCGGAGGGCGGCCCCCGGAGCGAGCGGCCCCGGGAGCGACGAGGCGCCGGGCGCGCGCGUCGCCUCGUCCACCGCCGCCGCCAUCGUUCGCCGCAUCAACUUCCCGCAGAUCGUGAAGCCGAUCCGGCCCGGACAGAAGCACACGCCAACUCGACCCCUCGGCCAGCUACGCUCCAUGUCCACCCCCUUCCUCUCCACCCUGGAGUCUACCCUCAACUCCAGCCUCGAGUUGUCCUGGAGCUCCAAGGCUGACGCCUCGCUCAGCCAGCCAAGGGACAGUCUCGGCAGGAAGGGGUGGGAAAAACAGCUCACGGAGAACAGCAGCGACCGAUCAGCGAUCCUGCACAUCCCAGAAGGAAAUGAAUGAGUUGGAGGCGGAGGGUGAGAGAAGUACGAAAGAGAGGAACUCUUCUGCCUCAGCGACUCAACCCGUGGGCCUGACGGACCAGGGACUCGAGCCAGCGACUCUCACGGACUCAAUCCAACCCCGUAGCGUGACCUUGUUUAAACUGGUGUGUGUGUGUUUGUGUGGGGGGGGGGGGGUACAACAAAGUCAAUGUGAAACAAACUUUAAACAAAUGUUAAUCACCGUUCAUCCGACAAAACUUUGAAGAAAUUCCGCUGCUGGUGUGAAAUUUGGCACCAACAUGAAAGAAAAAACUAAACUUGAAUGUCCGAGGUCCGUGCGUCACGUGGCGGCUUCGGUCUCCGCAGUCACACUGUGGACUACUUUUGCAUAAUUUAGAAGUGGGACCCUGAGCAUUCAGACACUACGGGGGGGGGGGGGUGGGGGUGACUCUACCCCAAAUGCUCAGCUACCACAACUUUAAGGGACCAGGGACUCAAUCGAUGACUCUAAGGGACUCUAGUCCUGGACUAUUGACCAUAAAUCCCACCACCACCCAAGCCUUUGCUGACUCUGCAGCACACAAUGUAAGAGUUGAGUCAAAAUCAGAUGCGGGAAGAAGAGAUUGACUGCUCAGUUGCUCCGUUUAUAGUUCAUACGCCGGCAUGCGUUUCAUGCAGACACAUGUGCCUUUGACAUAUUUACCUCUCGGUAUGCUGUACUGCCAUUUCCUGGCCACGUUGCGGCCCAGUGUGUUUGAGAGUUACGUACUGCGCCUGUGACCCAUGCGCUUGGAGACGUGGGUUGGUGGAUCAUGCGCAGAUUUGUGAAAUUCCCAAACAUGCUUGGCUGCGAAGUGCUUAUCAAGAGAUAGCAGUGCUGCGAGUGGGUUCGUGAACCUAGCUCUGUGGACAUCUGUUAUUCCCUGUCAUGCGUAGCGGGUUUGCUGCUGUUUUCUCCCGCUUUGCAAAACGACUACUUAAGAGGGAAUUGGCUAAACAUCCCAAAGCAGGACCCACCCUGAAAACAUCUUGAGACUCAGUGAGGCUUUCCUGAAAAAUCAAAUCAUAUCGCUGUCUUCACUGAUUGCUGUAAUUUAUAUGUAGUGCCCAUGUACUUAUGUGCAACAAAAUACUCAGGAUAAAUGUGAAAUGGCAUUUUUUUAAAUGAAGGUAGGAUAGCAAGUAGGUUGCUGAUGUAGAUGGUGCAUCAAUGUUCUCGCCAAUUGUAUGUGUGAGUCUUGUCUGACUUUCCUUGGAAAAUAAAUUAUUGUAAAUUGUCAA